GAGUCAGGGAAUCUGCUCCCACUGGAAUGACAAGGAGUCUGAGUGACUCUCUGGAGGAUUAAGGGGCAAGAUAGAUCAAAAAUACAAAGUGCAAGAUGGAGCCUUGUUUACCGGACGAAUGUGAUAAAAUCGAGCCUGAGAUCUCAUUCCCGACUGAUGACACCUCGGGUGAAGCAGGUGUGCUGGACAGCGAGGAAGCGGAGGAGCUCCGUAACAGUUUGAAAGAUCUUGUCCAGGACCAUUCUGUAAAGCCGAAGCUCCAGUGCAUUACAGUGGACCCCUCCUUUUCUAUGGUCACAGUCCAAAGUGAAGACAGUGGAAUUGUUUGGGAGACAGCCUCCAGCAGGUGUUCAACACCCUGGGCCUCAGAGGCUAGUACAACAUCUGAUGCUUACAGCCUGGAGGGCUCAGCCACUGGGUCUUCAUCAGGGAAGGUUGUUUUUAUAAUGGAUGAAGAUAAGAUAGUCAGAAGAAGAAAAAGAGCAAGUCUUGGGAACAGGGUGAGUGACACCAAUGGCAGAAGCCGAGCUGAUAAUAUGAAGCAAUUCAUUAGGAAACCCAUAGCCACGCAUCCCAUUGUGGGAGUAAACCGAGAAAAACUUGACCAGGAUGAGCCAGUGCCCCAUGCACCUGUAAUAUCUCGACCAGCAAAUAAUGGUAACCCUCACACAAGACCUAUGAAGGUUGCAAAACUCUACAGUGAAGAAUCCUCAUCACAUGCUCCUGUGACUUCAAAGUUUCUGAGUAAAGAAGAGCCCCAUCCCACAGAGCCUGAAACAAAGGGGGAGGAACCUAUACCAUAUGUACCUGUGACAUCAAGACCAGUCAUUCAAAGGAAUCCACACUCGAGCCAUCAUAAAGAAACAGAAAUGAAUAAAGAUGAACCAGUACUUCAUACAGGAAUUACAGCUAAAAGGUUAAGCACAGGAAAUCCUCAUUCAAGUCCUUUACAAGAACCAGAAGAUACUUUAUUACAUAGGCCCGUGGCAGCUAAACCAAUGACCCUGGGAAAUCCAUUGCCUAGUCAGUCCCAAAGAACAAGAAACCCACACCCCUAUCCAUCAGAAACGCUAGGACUUGAGCAGGUGCAAGGCAUGCCAGUAGGAGAUAAACAAGUCCUUGCAGGGAAUCCUCAUCCAUAUCCUUUGCAAGAGCAAGAGACAGAGACUAAAGAAGCAUUACCUCAUGCACCAGUAACUUCUAAACCAGUAGAAAAAGGAAAUAUGAUUAAAAAAGAAGCUAGUUCUCAGGGUAUGGGUGAAGGAGCUCCAGAAGAAAAAUUGCCUUCAUUUUCCUCUACAAAAUCUAGUCUGCCAAAACUGGAAUCUACAACAGAAAUAUCUGGAAUUCCAGAAUCAAACCCAAGAUCUCUUUCUGAGCCAUCAGUUUUGGAAUUUUCAGGCAAUCCCAAGAAAGAUCCAUCUUUGCAUAAUCCAGUCCCUCUCUUGUACUCGUCUAGUACAGCUAGGGAUCAACCCCAGAGUGAAAAUCCACAAUUCCUAACUGGUGGAAAUGAGAAACAAGUGCUAACAGAGGUUCCUGGCUUUCUUACAUCUCCAGGGGCCGAAACCGUCUCUCCUAAUCUAAGAAGAGAUGAAAAUCCUAAUGUGAGAUCAGAACAAAAAUUAAAAAGUGAUGAACCCACUGAACAAAAAGAAGACCCAAAUAGUGAGAAAGAAUUGUUCAGCAUUGUCUCUGAAGGCUACGAAAUAUUAAACAUUAUUGUUCCUCCCAAAAUUUUGAUGGUUGAUGAAGAGGAAAGCAUUUAUAUGCCAGAUAAUCUGUUUUAUCUGGAGGAAAGCCCACUUAUUAAAUCAAAAGUACUACUAGAAGUGACAGAGGAAGAAGAAACACCCAUAAGUGAAACAUCCAUAAGUGAAAAAGAAAUUGAUCAAGAGAAGAAAGUGGAAAGUGAAAAAAAGAUUGUAGAAUCUGAAAGAAAGGAAACCGAACAGUUAAGGGAAACAGAACCCUUGAAUAUUGAAAAAAGUACGAACAUCAGUCCUGCAAUUUCUGAAUCAUCUCAGACUUCACUCGCUAAAUCAAAGAAUGGGAAUGGUGACCUGGAUUAUUUUGAGAAGUUUACGUUGGUAGAUGACCAUGUCUCAAAUAUCAACCCUAAAGAGGCAAUAAAUGAAACAAAAACAAACGAGACUAGUGAGGAGCCAGAAAACAAGGAGCAAGCAUCCAAGAGUGUAUCAGAAUCUGAAGACCCAGAGUUUGUGUUUCUAGAUGUAGAAAUAGCAAGCGAACACUUAGACGAAGUAUUUUAUGGUAUGGGUGCCCAUGUGCCAGAGGUUUGUUCCAUGAAUAAGCACAUUGUAGAGGAAGAAAUGCCAACCAAAGCAGAUAAGGUUCUAAAGUUGGAAUCUCCACCCAAAAAAAGUGGUACAGCUUUGUUUAGCACUGAAGAGGAGACUCUGACACGCUGCUAUUAUUAUCCAGCAACUUCAAAAAACAUUGAUCCUUUCCUUUUUGAGGAGCCUCCAGCUAUGUCGUUUCUUUAUACAGAUCUAUACGAGCAAGCAGCAGGAGAUAAGAAGAAAGAUGACAGUGAGCCCUCUGAUGAAGAGAGUGUUACUUCUGAGAGGAUAUUACCAAGGAGGUUGUCUGACUCUGAUGAUAACUCAGGUGCAUACUUUGAAAAAUACAUUUUAAUAGACGAUGUUCCACAGGGGUCAGAUGAGCCACAACCUGAUGAAGAUCAAGAAGAUGAAGCAGGAAAAACAUGGCAAAGUGCAUUUGUCCUCACUGGUGACAUUACACAAAGAAUGGAAGAUAACACUCAGAAAACUGAAACAAGAAUAGAAUCAUCCAGAAUUAGAUCUGAACUGUCUCCAUUUGAAGAAAGUGAACAAUUUAUUGCCAUGUCUGAGGAAAUAUCUGAAGAUUUAGAAUUCCAGCCUGUGUUUAGUGAUGAAGAAACAGUCCCAGAAGAGGAAGUAGAAAGAUACAACAAAAAGAGUCUUAAGAAAGCCGUAGAAGAAGAUGAAAUAGAACCAGUGGAAAAACAGAAAGAGGAAAAUGCUGCUGUUUUUUAUGAGACUGGAAGCACUCCUGCUGUGGAGUGUGGAGAACCUCUAGACAGUGGGAUGCUUAAUGAAACAUUGAUUGCUCAAGACUCUGAGAAGAUUGAAGAGGAAAUCGUUAUUGAAAAGGAGGUAUCAAUGAGUGAACGUGAUAGGACUGAGAGUGCCGGAAGUAAAAAAGAAGGCAUUGUAAGAGGUGAGGAUUUAAUUGAGACCCCAGAAGAUAUUUACACAGGUCCAGCAGAGGAAGAACGUAACGAUUCGUCAGUUUUUGAAAUAGAUGAUAGAGUAGAUCAAGCAGUACAAGAUAUCCAUGUAAGUGAAUGUGAAGGAAGCUCUGAGCCAGAACUGACGCAUCUAGACAAAGCUGCUAUGGAAACUGAAGUUUCUUUGACCUCAGACAAUAGUGAAAGUAAAGAAGUUAUUUUAGAAAAGGUAGAUGAAACUCUUCAGCAGCUCAGUCACAGCAUAGAAGACAGUGACACAUGGACAAAGUCCACUGAGAAAUCCCAUGAGGAAGAGGUUAAGAAAAGUGAAGAAAUACAUAGUGCUCAAGAAUGGGAUAGUGCCUAUCUGUCCACUACUGGAUCAGAGAUCGUAAUGAAAACUGAAGAGCAGGAAACCAUAAGCUCUUUAAAAUCUGCAAGAGAAGGAAUACAAGAAAAACAUGAAAUUGUAUCAGAAGAGCAGGAGGAUGUAGAAGACAAAGCAUUUCAAAAUUUGGGUAGAGGAGCUCCUCUUAGGAGCAUGGCACCAUGUGAGGAUCUCUCACAACUUGGCAAGGAAUGUGAACCUUUAGAGCCAGAACUGUAUCAGGAACCAUACGGUGAACAUGAUGGAGAAACUGCUGAAACCUUGGAUUAUGAAAUGGUCACUCAGCAAGAGGUGCAAGAGGAUUUUGCAGCACCUGAAACUGAACUGAUCAGGGACAGGGAAUGUAUUUGUGAAGACACAGGGAAACACCAUGACCAGGGGUCUGACUUUGUGGAUCGAGAUUUGCCUGCUCAAGAAGUGGUUGAAGAAGGCUAUGAGAUCAUUGAAGCUUUGGGGGGAACUCCAAUGUCAGAAGUUGAACUGUCCCAAAUGGAGCCAAAAAAACCUUUGUUAGACACAUUCUGUGUGACCUGCAGGUGCCCGAUUUCAGCUAUAGACAAGCUCUUUGGUGACCAUCAAGACCACAAUGUGUCUCCAUUGAAUAAAGCAUAUGAUGACAUAAAGUUUAAGCUGACUGAGUGGAUCGCAGAAUUGCAAGGACGCACAGAAAAGAUUGAGGAUUUGGUGUCAGAACUGGAACUGGCAUUCAAUACAGUGGAGGAAAAUUGCACCAAAUCUGAGCAGAGCCUGGAGGAGCAGAAUGAUGAGAUGAUGAAGACCAUUUUGGAGCAGUACAAUGAGAUGUCGCAAAAGAUGGAGGAUGAGAAAAAAUUCAAACUGGAGCAGCUCUAUGACCAAUUAGUCACUUUCCAAGAGAGCAUCGACUCGGCAAAGGACAUUCUGGAGAAAACGAUAAAGGAAGUGGAGGAACCCGAUGAGGUGACUUUUGUAACGGUAAGCUGUGUCUGUGUUGACAGUCUUAACAAGGCCCUGGAAAAAGCCUCUUCUCUGGAGCUCACCCCCAGUACCUUCCCAGUGUUUGAAGAUUAUGCAAAAACCACAACAGGAAAUGGACACAAAUUAUUCAAAGGCAUUGCAGUUCCUCAGACACCUCGAGUACAGCCUCAAGAGCCCAACUCUGCAACCAGCACUUCAGUCAUAGUCUACUGGAAGGUCAAUGAGGGUGAUGUCAUCGAUUGCUUCCAGGUCUAUUGUAUGGAAGAACCUCAGGGAGCUAUGUCAGAAGAGUACAGAGUGACAGUAAAGGAGAGUUACUGCACACUGGAGGACUUAGAACCAGACAAGUGCUACUUGGUGUGGGUUAUGGCAGUAAAUUACACAGGCUGCAGUUUGCCAAGUGAGAAGACUUCUUUCAGAACAGCUCCUUCUGGCCCAGUAAUCAAGACGGAGGAAUGCACAGUGUGCUGGGACUCGGCCAUCAUCCGCUGGAGCUCCACCAACCUGGCUGCGGUGGAGUCCUUCACGCUGGAGUACUGCAGGCAAUACACAUGCGAGGGAGAGGGGCUCAGGUCUAUAUCUGGCAUAAGGAAUUGUGAACACAAGGUUCUCCUACAUCCAAAUGAGAAUUACCUCUUCUACAUCAAAGCUGUAAACUCUGCAGGGGCCAGCGAGCAAAGUGAAGCAGCUCUCAUUUCCACAAAAGGAACCAGAUUUUGCCUGCUAAAAGAAACAGCCAACUCAGCCCUUGUGCUUUCUGAGGACAAGACUACCAUUUACUACCACGAGCAAACUUUCAGACAAAGAGCCACACUCAAUGACUGCCUGGAUAUCUGGGGUGAGCUGUUGCCCCCUCAUGGAUAUCAUUACUGGGAGACAACAGUGGCCAGCAGUGAGGCUUAUAGAAUUGGUGUGGCUUAUUCAUCUACACCUCAUGACAGCCCACUGGGGCAGAACAGUACAUCAUGGGGCAUUCAUUGUUACCGCACACCAUCAAGUUACAGAGUUGAGUUCCUACACAAGAGUGUGCAAGCUGAAAUUCAUGUUGUUGACAAACCAACUAGGAUCGGAACACUGUUGGAUUACAUUAAUGGGCGGCUGGUGUUCUUCAACGCUCAAAGUGGACAGGUGCUCUACUCUUGCCAGCACAGAUUCACGGAGGCCUGCCAUCCAGCACUGGCCCUGGAGAAACCUGGCUCUCUGGCACUACACACUGGAAUGGCUGCGCCAGAUUUUGUGAAGCACAGCUAACUUUCCCCUAUUCAGCCAUACAAUAAACCGUUCCAAGCUUUAAUAAGAUUGGAACGAUCACACGACUUGGAUUAAAUUAUUUCUGUAGAAAGUAAGGACUUAUUUUUUUCCCUCCAUUUGCUCAAUCAUGGACAAUGUGCAUGAUGUGCAUUAAUCUUUUGAUAAGGUUGGGUGAGCUGGUUUACUGUAGCUUUUUAACCUGUCUCCCCUACUAAUAAUAUUUGAGUGCCAUUAGAUGGUUAAUAUUGUAUAUACAGCGUUUUUCAAAAGUUAGGCUUGUUACAAUACUUUGAGAGAAAUUAAAGCUUUUGGCUUAAAAAAAAAAAGUUCAGACUGAUGAAGGAAGUUAGUAUUUUGUCCAUGGAGUUACAAAUUCAGAUAUUUGUAGAAGGCUCACAGAAACUAAUAAACAGGGUUUUUAUUUUUUACGUUGGAUUGUUUUUUAAAAGAGAAAUCAUUGAUAAUGCUUUCCGCCACCAUCUGACUUGAACUGAGGUUAGUGCCUCAUUUCAAGUGGUCAGGUUAAGGUACACCUGAGCUUGAAUGUGCAUGCACAGCAUUGAUAAAAAAUUUCGCUGUACUUCAGCCAAACACUGUCCUUAUUCAGAUCUGUAGUCUACAAUCCUGUUGUGUUUUAAUAGAACUCAAGUGGUCCAUGGGGUCCAGUCUUCAGUGGUUAUAAUCCAGUUGAUAGUGUUUUUCUCUCUCAACUAGUUUAACGCCUGUGGAAUAGGGAUUAAAUUGAUCCAAUUUAAUUUAAUUUUCUCAAUCUCACCAUUCUCUACUGGUUGUAAGAUUAUGAGACCCCUGAUGUAGACUGCAAACGUUUUAAAUAUUUAUGUUUAAGCUGUUUUAAAAAAUAAUAUUAUUGGACAAUCAAUGGCUGUGAUCUUUGGAAGUGGCCAUAUUCUUAAUAUCUCUUUACAAUGUAACUUAAAUCACUUAAUACAGAAGAAUGGAGUUUGAAUAAAUGGGUUAAUUUUGAUUAAGGCUAUUGCUAACCCCUUAUAACAUGUUUUACUUAAUUUUAUCGUUUCCCUGCAAACGAUUGGCACCCUGUUCAGGGUAGAACCUACAUUGCACCCAUUGUCUUCUGGGAUACAGUACAGUAGGUUCACUGACAUGCUGUAGUGACUAAGUGGAUAUUGAAAAUGAAUGGAUGUCACCUUUUAUUAUUUUUACUGAUCACUUUUCUGCAGCAAUUGUGUCAGAAUUGGUAGUAUGUGGCAAUUCUACAAGAAUGAAGGUUAAAUUUUCUUACAAAGCUUUUUGACACUACAGUGUUAAUUCAACUUAGAGAUUUAAACAUUUAAUUUCAGUAUUAUCUGUAAUGUUAAAAUGUAUUGUACAUGCUUUGUUUAUAAUAAAUGCAAUGUAAAUGGACCGAUUUAUUCUAUUUAUAUUGUUUGUAGUGCAUGAUCUAUAGAUGAGAUCUUGGAAUAUAUGCCAAGAGCUGUUUUAAAUUUAGUUUGUUGCUUCAAGGCACAUGGAUGUAGUAAAGGAAAAUAAAGUUCCAACUGAAAAUAAAAAUCUAGCCCUAGUCUUCCAGUCAACAUAUUUUAUGCUGGGUUAUAACAAAUCAAUUUCUUAAUGUUAAUGCAUUUUUCUUGAAUUUUCUGGACUUUGUAUUAGACAUUGGAUUUUAUACAGCAUUUACCAGUGGAAAGGAGGCAUACUGUAAGUAGUUGUAACAGAAUCUGAGCCCCCUAAGUAAUUUGGUUAAUUAUAUGUAGUACAGUAUCUUCUUAUGGGUUUCCCAGUGUUGAAUUGUGUUUCUCAUCUUGUGUGUAGCAUUGAUCUUUGUGCCACACUUAAUCUAAUAGCCACUUGGUGCACAAUGUUAAAUGUCUGUCUUAAUGAAGGCUUUAUUAGGUAUACAGGAUGUCUGGGUUCUGCCAAUACUAAACUUGCAGGCAAAUCAAUUUGAUUACUGAGCAAAAUAAAGCUGUGGGUGUACUGCUGGGGUGGCAGAAGCAUCUCCUGCUAAUUAUCUUCUGUUUGAAGUUACUUUAAAGCCACACAAAGAAAGCAGAUGCUGUACCAGAAUGUUUGCAUUUCAUUGCCAACCUGGAAACUUACAUGCAAGUAUAGUAUUAAUCUAUUCAAAUUUAUUUAAAUUCAAAUUAUUAUUACAUUUAUCCUACAUUUACAUACUGGGUAUCUAAUGUCUAAAUGAGUGAUUCUUCACUUCUGGUCUUGAAACAGCCAUGUUUUUUUUGGUUUUGUUUUCAUUCUACCCAGACUAUUACCAGUCUAGAACAAUCGCCAAAAACACCUCACUAGAACCAUUACACAUCAUUAACCAGUGAAUGUAAGACGGAGACAUACUGUAGCUCUUUAAAACUAGGAAUGAAGAUAACUUCAAAAAGUAACCUGUGAAACCUUUUUACAGGCUGUUGCUUGAGCCUGUAAUGGUAUGUAUUUGUAUAAUGUUCAAACAAAAUGACAAGUUAGGUCCACGUGUUGUAAAAGACUGAUUUUGGAUGGCAGCUGAAUGAGAGUAGGUUUGGAAUUAAUUUGUCAUCGAAGUCCACAGUUGUGCUUUGGUCGAGUCCCAGUGGUCCUAUUCAGGUUUUGUUUUUCCAAUCACACAUUUUACUCAGAAUGUCAUAUACAAAUGAAGGAGACAGUUCCACAGGAUGAGUGGCAAAAUGGCAUUUCUUUUGCACUGAAUGUCCUGUUUUAAUCCAGUUAUUUCUUGUAGCUGUGAACGUCCCUGCUAGGCUGUAGUACCAAUUCCAAUUUAGCUGUUAUGGUCAUGUGUAGAAACCAGUGCUAUUUGAGACCUCAGGAUUCUCGUAGUACAAUUUGCCUGGAGCUAUAAGAUACCAAGAUAACAUUUAGUAUUGGCAUUAAAAAUGUUUAUCUGUAUAUCUUAGAGUAAGAAAAUGUUCGUCUGUCAUGCCAUAGAAUAAGUAUUAUGUGACCUUGCUUAGACUCUGGAAUACAACAAUUAGUUUAUCUUUGACAGAUGUGUAGGACUCCAUUUCUACAAUUAACUUCAUGGUCUUUGUGUUUCCUACAUUUAUUUAUUUAAUCAGAGGUCAUGCUGUUUUAGUUUAUUGGGGACCUCUUCAGAUUUUGCCAAACAGAUACAAAUGUUUAUAUUUGUAUCUGUUUGGCAAAAUAUGUAUAUACUGUGCUUGACAAAUUUGUUGUCAUCGUAGUCAAAUAUCACAUUUAAAACAUUUGAAUUCUGCUUACAGUAUAGAAAAGGUCUACAGAACCUUAGGCUGUCUGGAAUGAUACCAAUAUACAGUAUAAUAUGAUUGGUCUUGUAUUCAAACUUUGUAGUCCUACUUUUACUGUAGCAACACCAAACCAUUUUAUCAAUCUCAAACUGUAGCAAUAUUUUAAAAUGCAUAGUCUUAGGACAUAAAACAUGAAACCCAGAAGCAAAUUAAUCCUGAAAAUGAAAGAGGGCUAUUUUUUAAUAUUGCAUGAAUCAUACAAUUUAAUUUAAACCAAAACGUCUAACUAAGCUAUUGCUGAUUAUGAAUUCCAUUUGACUGGGAAGGUCUUCCAGCCUUUGAGGACUCUGAGCUGAAUUUCCCUGUUUAACCAAAAGUCAAUUUAUUGCUUUUAGUCUUUGUUUGUUCAGUCAGUGGCUGUUUCAUGACAGUGUCUUAUUUCAGAUUAUACUGAAAUCCUGCCUCCCAAUGCACGCUGAGCUCUGGACUUUUUGCGGUUUUUGAAUCCAAGUCACAUUUCUGUGGUGGGAAGGAACUGGCUGUACUGUUUAAUAAGCCAAAUAAAAAGAAAACCAGUAGUAA